UUGUUAUUGACGCCAUAUUGGGGCCGGCGGCGGGUGGAAGAGUCGGACAGUGGAAGGGGAAGCGGCUAGACGUGUUUGCUGGAGCUCCUGCCGCUGCCGCAGCCUCUCAAUCUCGCCGCAUCGACCACCGCUUUCUAACUUUGGAAGCUACUCGGGCGUCUUAGGAGCUGCGUUCUAGCCUCACAUCUCACGGGGCUGGUAUUGACUUCUGAAGAAGCCGGUCUCCGCGCAGGAGCGCCUCAGGCGCGGCGCAAAGCCCGAACGGACGGCGGGGGCGGCCGGAGCGUCUCCCGGGGGAGCCGCGCCUGAGGAGGCGGAAGAGCCCCCCUGACGCGGCCAGCGUGAGCCGCCGCCACCGCCCCUCCUGCUCUCGCCCCGGCCGGCCCGGGCCACUGCCCCUGCCGCGGAGGCGGCGGCAGCGGCUCUGCUCCCCUCGCCGGCGCUCCGCCACCCGCCUUUCCUCUGUUGAGCCUGUCGGUUAGGCUCUCUUCGGGGCCCCGCUCUUCCCCGCUUCCUUCGCCCUCCCUUCCCUGACUCCACCCGAGCCCGGCGCCCCGGCCAUGGCGUGCGGAGCCACUCUGAAACGGACUCUGGAUUUCGACCCGCUGCUGAGCCCGGCGUCCCCGAAACGGAGGCGAUGUGCGCCAUUGUCGGCGCCCACCUCUGCCGCCGCCUCCCCGUCGUCGGCCGCCGCGGCCACCGCCGCUUCCUUCUCGGCCGCCGCCGCCUCGCCGCAGAAGUAUCUCCGAAUGGAGCCAUCUCCCUUCGGCGACGUCUCCUCCCGUCUCACCACAGAACAAAUUCUGUACAACAUAAAACAGGAGUAUAAGCGCAUGCAGAAGAGAAGACAUUUAGAAACCAGUUUCCAGCAGACAGACCCGUGUUGCGCUUCCAAUGCCCAGCCACACGCGUUUCUCCUCAGUGGGCCCGCCUCACCAGGGACUCCAUCGGGAACAUCCUCACCAUUAAAAAAAGAACAGCCCUUAUUCACUCUACGGCAGGUUGGGAUGAUCUGUGAACGUUUAUUGAAAGAACGUGAAGAGAAAGUUCGAGAAGAAUAUGAAGAAAUAUUGAACACAAAACUUGCAGAACAAUAUGAUGCAUUUGUGAAGUUUACACAUGAUCAGAUAAUGCGACGAUAUGGAGAACAGCCUGCUAGUUAUGUUUCAUGAAUCACGUUUUCUGCAUUUAUGGGCUGCCUUGUUCCUUGUUGAGUUGUUGCAAGAGGUCCCAAUUAUGACAUGCAGCAAUGCCAAUACCCCUCUGUGAAUACAGGUUAUUUCAAGCUUUCGUCAGUGGCAACCACUCUUAGGCAGCAACCGGAUUUGGAAAUUUCCUUGAUGUCAACACCGCCCGGACGUGGACCUUUACCUGUGUUAAUGCCAGUGGCCUCACUUGCUGUAUCAUUACAAUUUGGCUUCUAUUAAUAUGUUUGGAAAGGAUUAAAGCUGGUAUUCUAAGAACAUGCCCUUCACUGGUUGUGUAAAUAAAACUGUAGAAAGACA